AUUCUGUAACUAUUUUAUACUUGAGUGUCUUUGUCCUGUAUUUAUAUUGGGGCUUGGUUGUUUCAAGAAUUUCUAAAUAAUAAAUGAUAGUUUAUUUAAAGUUUGUAAUACAUCAUUAUAAGUUACAACCGUGGGUGCCAAUUGCUAUUUAGUACCAAGAAAGAUAAUGCUUUGAACUGCCUAGUUUUAGUUUUUAAAGACCAAAUUAGCCACCUAGAAUUUCACUCUAUCCCAAAUGAAUCUCCUAUUAGUUGUCUUAAGCACACAGCCCCAAAAUAUGACCGAACAGCCAUGCUCCAUAAAUUUUUCUGCUUGCUACCAGUAACACCUUGGCCACCCAUCUGCUCUUCAAUAUUCUUGCAAUAAGCAUACUUACGUCAAAUUCUUUUAGUAAUCUUGAUUCUUGACCAUAUGAAAGCCCAGCAAAUGGACAAUGGACAAAAUUGUGAGCACUAGAUUUAGUACUACGUUUGCACAGAGAACCCUAGAUAGUAUAACUGCAUAGAAAAAGGUUUUCUACAUUUGCUGUCCUGUCUAAUGAUUUAGCUUUUGCAUUGCCAACAGCCAGCUUAACUCUUUUAAAGUGCUCGACUUUGUUGGUACCUUAUACUGAAAAUGAUCCCAUUCCACGAAGUGACAAGUGUACGAAGAGCAAAGACAGCGGGCAUCUUCCCUAAUGCCAUAGAAAUUUAUGCAGGAAGCAAAAAGUACUUUUUUGGGUCAUUUCUCUCUCGUGAUGAAGCUUUCAAGCUUAUUAAUGAUGGGUGGUUGCAACAUAGUAAUGGCGCCAAACUAAUUACAGAUCAGGAUUCAGUAUCUGUAGCCAGCAGCCAAGAGAAUGGAGUUGUGAUUGAGGAAGUCACUAGCAUUAUUCAGGCAGUUGAUGAAGUGGAUUCUAACAAUAGGAAGCUAGACAUCUCAAUUGUACAAGAUUUUGUGGCUCCUUCCAAUGUUGAAGAUGUUGCUGCAACGACAACAAUUGCAGAGCUGCAGGAUAUUGUGGAACAGGAUAUAGUAAUAGUUCCGGAAACUAAGUCUUCAUCUUCAACCACCAGUUCUAUAUUGAAGCAGGAGGAUUGUGAAGCCCCCAAGAUUGCAGAAGGUUAUACAAUGGUUGCAGAAUCACAAUUUCCGAUAAAAGUCGAGGACUUCUUUAAUUAUUUCUUUUCAGAUGAUGCAGUUAGUUUUGUUGAAUCAUUUCAUAGUAACUGUGGAGACAAAGAGUUUAAAUGCAAUACAUGGUAUCCACAUGACAAGUUUGGGCAUGCUCGCGAUGUAUCAUUUCUGCAUCCAAUAAAACUGUACUUUGGUGCAAAAUUUGGUGGUUGUCAGGAAACCCAGAAGUUCCGGCUAUAUAAGAACAGCCAUUUGGUUAUUGAGACAUCACAAGAAGUUAGUGAUGUUCCUUAUGGAGAUUAUUUUCAUGUUGAGGGGCUCUGGGAUGUGAAGAGAGAUGCUGAUGAAUCAAAAGAAGGCUGCUUUUUACGGGUGUAUUUGAAUGUUGCAUUUUCAAAGAGAACUGUUUGGAAAGGCAAAAUAGUGCAAUCUACGUUAGAAGAAUGUCGAGAAGCUUAUGGAACCUGGAUAAAAAUGGCGCAUGAGCUGUUAAAGAAGAAGAACCUUGCAAAACAAAAAGAAGAAAAUGCUGUGGCUACUGUUGUUCCAACUAGUGAAGUACCCUCUGAAAGAGAAGCAAAACAUUUGGAAUCAUCAGAGAUGAUAAAUGAAUCCAGUGAACAAUUGAGAGUACAGAAUGUCUCAGAUUUUGUUGCUGUUAACCGCCAUGUAAACAGUCUAUGUCAAGCGAAAUUGGGCGGUGUUUCCUCUUUUGUAUCGUGGUUAACAGAAUUUAUGACGAGAAUGUAUUCAUCCAUGAAAACUCAAAGCAACCUUUCCCUAGCCGUGGCUAUCAUUUUUUUCGUGAUUCUUCUAAUGCAGUUGAGCAUACUUGCGCUUUUAGCUAGACCCCAACACAUCCAUGUACACGCACCAGCAGAGUACAAUAUGGGCAUGGACAGCAAAUUGGGUGGUGGGAGAUUAUCAUCUGAAGCUUUAAUUUGGUUGGAAAAGCGAAUGCAUCACCUCAAAGACGAGAUGUACAUGGUCGAGGCUCGACUCGAGAGAAUGCGUCAUGAGCAUUCUUUUUUGAAAUCUCAACUUGAAAAUUUUAAGCCUAUUGGUGAAGCCUAGAUAAUUGUUUACAGUUAGCUGUAUAUUUGUGUCAUUAUUGUGUUCAUAAAACAGGUAUAUGCUCUUUUUCAUUCUUUUCUAAAUGUUUGUUUUAAUUGUCUUUGUUAUGCUGUAAUUUAUAAAAUUUUAUUUAAAGUUUCGGCAAAAACUGAUAGGGAGGGAGGAAGAUGAGAAAAGAAAGGAGUCAACUGACUUUGAUAGGGAACUUAGUCCAACGGUAUUUGUAGAAUUUGACUUUGGAAAAAUAUAAAUAAUUCCUUGCUUGAUUUA